UAAUUGAAGGGCACCUGGGAUCAUCGUUGGUUUUGCCCGUUGUUACUCGUUGGAACUCAUUGCAUGACGCAGUUAAAAAACUACUUUGCUACAAAGAAAAAUUAAAUAAUCUGUGUGAUAAGUUGACUUUGCCACAGUUUUCUGCAAGAGACAUACAGUACCUGGAAAUGUACAAUUUGGUAAUGGAACCAAUUGCAAAGGCCCUAGACUUUCUUCAAGGAGAAAGCAACAUUAACUAUGGAUUUUUAAUACCAACUCUUGUGACACUGAGCAAUAGGCUGCAUAAGCUAUGUAGAUCCCAGGAAUUGCAACAAUUAUCAUCUCUUAUUUUAAAAAUGGAACAGAGGUUAAGAGAAAGGUUCCAACCAUAUUUCAUGUUGAAGCCUGAGGCAAAUAUUGCAAUUGCAGCAACAGUGCUAACUCAAAGCAUCAAAAUGAAAUGGGUCAAGGUGUUGCUGAAAUUAAAUCCGGAAUUGCCAGAAUUAACUGUCGAAAAUAUAACCAGCAGAGUUUUAGAAACACUUUACAGGUUUUACGCCAAAAAUUGUAAAACAUUUAAUUUUGAAAGAAAAAUUAAUAAUGUGUCGACUAUGCCCGAUUUUUUUGAUUUCAGUGAUGAUGAUGAUGAAAUUGAAGUAAGUUCUUCUCCACAAGAACAGAUUAAAGUUGACAAACGAUCCGUAAUAAAACAGCAGUUCUUCGGCUAUUUAAAUGACAAUGCAAAUAACACCUAUAUUAUAUUGUUGCGUAUACGCAUCGGUGCCUCUUGUUAA